GAGCAGAUACGGUGCUGCAGAUCGAGGUGUGAGGCUCUACAGUUCCCUGCCCAUGCGCCCAAACCCUGACGGCAAGAGACUGCCCUCUACUGGGUUUGAUGGUGACAACAUGUACAUGAAUGAGAACAACCACGAGUUCCUCCCGCCAAACCAGAGCUACACAGGUCAGGCUGGAGGCAGCGGCGGAGGAGGCGGCGGCAGCAGUGGAAAUGGUGAUGAAGACUAUGAGAUCCCUCCCAUCACUCCACCUAACCACCCCGAGCCACCUCUUCUUCACCUGAUGGAGCACGACUCUACAGGCUACCUCUGCCACUCGCUGUCACACAAUGGGCUCAUCAAUCCAUAUUCCUACCCAGAGCUGCCCACACUCAUGAUGUCCAAUAUGCUGGCACAGGACGGCCACCUGGUCUCCAGCCAAAUGCCCUCGAUGCAGGAGAUGGCUUUGCAACACCACCAACAGCAACACCAUCACCAGCAUCGAGACGGCGCUCAUUAUGAACCUGCCCAUAACCACCCCCUGAUAAACAGGUCACCUCCGAUACUGUCCAACCCCAUGAGUGCACUGUGUCAGCUAAACUCUCAGGUCAGCCGCGGUGCACUGCCUCACGGCUCCCCCUCACCUCCUGGAAGUAAAUCAGCCACACCCUCCCCCUCGAGCUCCAAUCAGGAAGAGGAGACUGAUCCUCAUUCGAAGAUCACGGGCGAGAAGCGGCCAUCUUCAGAGAUGAUGAAGCCCAAGCCCAAGCCCCAAAAAAAGAAGAAGAAGAAGGAUCCCAAUGAACCUACAAAGCCCGUGUCGGCGUAUGCAUUGUUCUUCAGAGACACCCAGGCGGCCAUUAAAGGACAGAAUCCCAACGCCACCUUUGGUGAUGUGUCCAAGAUAGUAGCCUCCAUGUGGGACGGUCUGGGAGAGGAGCAGAAACAGAACUACAAGAGGAAAACAGAGGCUGCAAAGAAGGAGUACCUGAAAGCCCUGGCCGCCUACAGAGCCAGCCUGGUUUCCAAGACAUGUCAUGAUCCAGUGGAGACAAAAAGUGCCCAAACAAGCCAGGCCUCUCCACACAUGAUGCCAGCCAACCCGCCCCUGUACAGCGUGCCACCUCCUCCACAGCCGUCGUCACCCUACCUGGGGCCCGGGGCCUUCCCUCUCAGCGACCUGCAGAGCUACGCGGGACACGCCCCUCGCCACACCCUGUCGCAGACGCUCAGCCAAUCGCAGAUUCUGCCCAGCAUUAGUGCCUCUCCCCCUUCCUCCUUCCAGAUCAGCCCACCCCUUCACCCCCACCAGCAGCUCUCCCUGCACCAGAGCUCGCUCCUCAACCAGCCUAUCCGCAUGCAGCAGGUCCAGUCCCAGCAAAUCAUUCCUCACCAGAUGGGGCUGCAGGCCUCUCUUCACUCCCCCCCUCAUGGGCAGCAGGGUUUUUCUCACCUCCAGUCAGAGUAUCAGAAGAGCAUUGGGGGUUCCCAGUCUCCAGGAGCCCCUGGCCCUGGUCCAGGUUCUGGAGUGAAUCAGAGCCAUGACUGGGACAAUGAAUACUGCAAUCGGGAGUGUGGCAACCACUUCAGGUUGAGACGUCUUUGAGAGGUGUAGUGAGGCUUUUUAGGUUUGCCUAAAGCCACAGUUGCCCUAAAUUAGCAGCAUUGUGGCAGCAUGAUAGGCAGGGACAAGCCACUCUACCUCACCUGAAACAGAAGAUCUCUGUCAAACAAAAUACAACGCAGAGGAGUCUACUCUCACCCCGACCCUCCCUGUCAACCCCCGCCCCCCCCCAAAAAAAACCCUCUGAUGCACACACACACACAUACAGUGCACACUUAACAUGCACACAAUGCCCACAUUCUGCCUCCCGAACACCACCAACACCGCCACCUUUCUUUUCGUCAGUGUAACUAUUCAUUUUCUCAGUUUCUAGAAGAAUUUGUGAGCAGAGUUUUUUGACUAGAUGACUACUGUCUGUACCACUUAAUGUAUUAGCAGUCCUCUUGCUGUUUAAAUUUGCCAAGCACUUAUUAUGCCCUUCCCCUCCCAUCCUUUCUCUCAGCUGUGUGCCUGUGCCCCCUCUGAUAAAGGCUGGGCUUGUAGAGACUCCUCUCCUAUAUGUCACCAUCAAAGUCCCCCUCAGGGACACAUCCAGCUUUAAUUAGAAUAAGAAGUAGAAAAAACAACUACUAUUCCCCUUCUUUAAUCAUUUUCAUUUCCUUUUGUAUUAUUGUUUUUGUUUUGUUUUUUAC